AGAAGAUUUAACUUGUCGAGAUAAUCUUUUAACUAGUUUAGACCUUAGUCAAAACAGUCAACUUACUGAACUGAGUUGUUCGUUUAAUCAAAUAAAUGAACUUAUUUUUCCUGCAAACAACAAAAUUGAGAUUAUUAGUUGUAUUGGUAACUUAUUAACUCAAUUAAAUUGGAGCAGACUUGACCCCAACAAAUUAAAGAUGUUGUUAAUAUCCGAUAACAACUUUUCUCGCCAAAACUUGGAAUUUUUAGAACCAUUUACUAAUCUAAGUCAUUUAUAUUUGGGCACAAGCAAUAAGGAAUUAAUUCAACGAGGUAUUUAUAAUCGUUUUCAAGGAAGUUUGAAGC